CAUCGCGAUAUUUGCUGGUUAAAACAGGCGCGAGAUUUGACGAGACUUGUGUGUUUCGUGAAACCGGGAAGUGGGCGAUUGCUAAAGAUAAAUAAAAUGCUAAUAAAAGCUAUUUGUUGUCGUGUUUAUUAGCGUUCAUUAUGUAAGAAUCCGUUGUAACUCUACGGCGACCCCAAGCGAGAAGCAGGGAUGCUAUUGUUGGAGUGUACGGAUGUUGUUUACACUCAGUGUUGAUUGUUAUGGAGUGUAACGUUAAACCGGUUCCCGCGACGCUCCUGCACGCGGCUCCUCCGUACGGACACAUACUCACUCACGAGAGGUGGAGGGGCUCGACGCUCGUGCGGAGUCUCAAAGGGAGCGUGAAGACGAUCUUUGAGGAGGAGCUGGGUGUCGUGGACUUCUGUCUCAGUAAUAAAACCUGUGUCCUUUAUGUGUCAGAAAGCGAUUUGGUGGCAGGAAACAGCUACAGGAGGAAUAUUGUCCGAUUUAGAAAUGCGAACAGCGGUCUGCAGGCUAUUGUGAUUGUGGAAAAGACUCACCUGAGCGAGCAGUACUUCAGCGGAUUGCAGAAGUUUGUGGUUUUGGAGCUUGGUUUGACUCUGCUGCCUGUGUCCACCGCUCCUGAAGCAGCUCAGCUCAUAGCACAGCUGGUUCUUGAAGAGAACAAGGAGAACCCAUUCCGCAGGAAGAGCGUGUGCAGACUGCUGGAGCCACUGGUGUUGAGUCUGGUUCAGCAGAUUCCUGGCGUUGGAAAGGUGAAGGCCAUGCAGCUCCUCCAGCGAUUCCCCAGUAUCCAUCAGCUCAGUGGAGCUUCAGUGCAUGAACUGGAGCCCAUAGUGGGACAGGCCACAGCCCAGCAUAUCACCGCAUUCUUCCACAAGCAGUUCACAUAGGAAUGCAUGUUACAAAAAUAUGCAAAUAAACAGCAUUUCAGCACUUUUUAAGCCAUGCCUUGGAUGUAAUCGUGCUGAUAUUUUCAGUGUAUUUCUAUGAAACUGCCAUAUUUUACGAAGUAGUAAAACACACAGUGAUAUUGUAGAAUUUUGCCACACAUUAUAUCAAUUUCUGCAAUUAACAUUAGGACUUUCAACAAAAAGACAGAAGGUGGCGCUAAAGACUCACAACAUUGCAUGUAGUGUUUGUUCCUUAGCCCCAUCCCACUUCAAAGUGGGAGUUGUUGUUCUGUUCCUGUUCAUUUAUAUAUUUGCGUAUCUUUAUUUGAGUUCCACAGAAUAAAUAAAUAAAAAAAUGCUAUGGGGCAUUUGCAGAAACAAGGGAUGAUAUUAAUAACUAAUGUGUUUGUUGUACAGUUGGGCCUGAGACCACAUUGAUCAUUUGAGAUUUUCAUUUAAACUUUGUGAUGAAGUUAUUAU